AUGGACGAGGCCCUGACGCGCAUCCUGCGCAGCAUCUCCUUCCUGGAGGUGGCCGUCGGCCUGCGCAACGCGCCGGCGCCCCCCGGAGCCGGGCCCUGCCCCUGCGGGCCCGAUGUCAAGUGCGGCUGCGCGGCGCGCCUGCGCCAGGUGGCCGCGCUGCUGACGCACCUCGAGGGGGACUUUGCCCUCCUGCGCGCGGAGCUCUCCAGCCAGCUGGUCAUCGACCGCACCAAGAUGCAGACCAUGGAGAGCCAGCUGGCCGCGCAGCAGCGCUGGCUGACCGCGCGCCUGGCCUCGCUGCAGGCGGCCACCGCCGCCGCCGCCUCGGGCGCCCCGGCCCCGGGCCCGGCGGCCGGCGCCCCGGGCCCUGGCAGCUCGAUGGCACCAGCUCCGCCGGUGCCGACGGCCGGGGCCGAAAAGCGCCCCCCCUCGCAGCCGGCCCCCGGGCCGGCCCCACCGGCCAAGCGCCCCGCCUCCACGGCGUCGGAUUUCCGCCUGGCCGUGAGCGCCGCACCGCACGCGGCUCCACGCGCUCCGGCCGCCUCGGCCGUGGCCCCGGCCGACCCGGCCCCCCUGACCCGGAUAUCCUCCUACCUGCCGGGCUCGCCGCCGCCGCCCCUUCCCCUGGUCACCGAGGACAUGAUUGCCCCGGUCCCCCCGUACAUCCGCUCUCGCCUGUCGGUGGACCAGUUUAAUCGUUUCAUCGCCGCGCUGAACUGCCUCUUCCGCUGGCGCUACACCAUCCUCGCCACGCCGGUCUCUCGGCUCCGGGACCACCAGCGCCGUCUACGCCGGGGCUUCCUCGAGGCCGACCACCAGGACGUCUAUG